GAAUCGUUCAAACGUGAAUCAAUUCAUGAAAAAAGAUCCGACUCAAAACCAUCUCUUGGGCACACAUGCACAGGAUGGUCACCUGAAAAUCAAACAUGAGAUUUUUACGCCGGAAAAUAGCGAUCGUAAUUGUUUUGGUUUAUGCGAUAUUUUCGCUGUAUUCAGCGUAUAGUGUAUUUUUCAACAAGAGGGUUAUUUCUCGCGUUCAUCGAGUAGUGAAGAAGGGCUCUGCGAUCAUAGAAAAUGGAAAAGCAGGAGAGGAAGAGUGGAACCCAUGGAUAGAGGAUGAGCUUGCAUACUCCUCAUCUGUGCAAAAGCGGAGAGAUGCCUUCAGAUCAUACCAAGAUCAUGCUGCUAAGAACAGGCCAAAAACAAACAAAGUCCAGAUCUGGGGCAAAGCUGCCAUUGGACUUUAUUUGUGGGAGCAUAUUUUAGAAGGGCCUCUCAACCCACCAGACAAAUCCAGCCAAUGGAGAGAAGGAGAGAUUCAGUCUGGGAAGAUCAAUUUCAGUUUCUACACGGGGCCAGCAGUGGUCCAAGGGCACGUUUCUCUCGACGCAGACAGUGUGGUGUUGGUUUUGAAUGGCCGUGAGCAGCAGAAAAUCUUGUUUUCCAUCCAGUGGCUGCAGCACGUCCAGGGUCUGGUGCAGAUGCGCUCUGUCUCUCGGGUUGCUGUGGUUCUUUUGGGCAAUGAGCAGUGCAAUAAUGACUGGAUCAGUCCUUACCUUAAGAGGCAUGGUGGGUUUGUGGACCUGCUCUUUCUUGUGUACGACAGUCCUUGGGUCAAUGAUAAAGACAUCUUCCAGUGGCCACUGGGUGUUGCCACAUACAGGCGUUUCCCUGUUGUCUCACUUAGUGGUCAGAUGCUGAAAACUGCUAGACCAUAUCUGUGCAACUUUCUCGGGACUAUGUACAAAAACUCCUCCAGGGAAACUCUCAUGGGCGUCCUGCAGCAGAACGGCAUGGAGAAGGAUUGUCUUAUGCAUGUUAGAGAGAAGUGGCUUCCUCAAGAGACGGCAGACACCUCUAGACAGUACCAGAUGGCAUUAGCACAAAGUGACCUCACUCUUUGUCCGGUGGGAGUGAACACAGAGUGCUACCGCAUCUAUGAAGCCUGUGCCUAUGGCUCUGUGCCCGUGGUGGAGGACGUCCUGACUCCCGGGGCCUGUGCAGUUGGUAAGUGGUCCCCGCUCCGACUACUUAAAGAUGCAGGAGCACCCUUCAUCUUCCUCAAGGACUGGAGGGAGCUGCCUGCCAUCCUGCAGAGGGAGAGAGGGAUGAGCCAGAAAGAAAAAACAGAGAGGAGGAUGAGACUAUUGGAGUGGUACAGUGGCUUUCGUCAGCAGAUGAAGGACAAAUUCACAGAGGUGUUGGAAGAUGUCUUUUUCAAAAUCACCUAGUAUUCGUUUGGAAAACUUUAAAGGGAUAGUUUACCUAAAAAUUAAAAUUUAUCAUUUCAGUCAUCAUUUACUCAACCUCAUGUCAUUCCAAACAUGUAUGACUUUCUUUCUUCUGUGGAACACAAAAGAAGAUAUUUUGAUGAAUGCCUGGUAACAAAAUGUUUUCAGGGCCUAAUGACUUACAUAGUAUGAAAAAAAAGUACUAGUCAAUGGGACCAGAAAGUGUUCUUCAGAAUAUCAUGUUUUGUGUUCAACGGAAGAAAGAAAUACAUACAGGUUUGGAACGACAUGAUAGUUAGUAAAUGAUUUAGAAAAUUCUCAUUAUUUUUAUUUUAAUACAGUCGCACAUAAAGAACAGUGAGCCAAUGCAAUGCAUAAACAUCCUUUUCACUUAUUUUUGGAGCUGUUCAUUAAUUUGGUUUGGACACAGUGAUUUACUUGUAAUCUUAUACAUGUGAAAUAUAAGAUGCUACUGUAUGUUAUAAUACAAUAUGUUUUACCUUAUGCAGCUCUGCAUUCAUGCCCUCCAUGUUAACUGUAAAGUAUUAAUUUAUUAAGUCAUGAUGUUUCAGUGAAAAUAAUGCAGAAAGUAGUAAGAAUUCAUAACCUAGGUGGGUUACAUAGACAGAUAUUUAACAUUGUUAACAGUGCAUUGUUCUCAGUGCAAGUUAUUAAAAUAACUUAAUUUUA